AUGUCCAGACCUGAUCAAGAAGCAAUUGAUACUUUCAUGAGCAUCACUGGUGUAUCUGAGGCCGCUGCUAUUCAGAAACUCGAGGAGCAUCAUGGCAACCUGAAUGAGGCUGUCAAUUCACAUUUCAGUGAAGGAGAUAGAAACAUAACGCAAGAUGCAACUUUUGCUGCUCCUCGGGAUGAUGUUAUGGAUAUAGAUGACCCCAUUCUGGCUGAAUCACGCAGACCUUUUCCACUAUUACCCUCUGCUAGAGAUCUGAAUCCAUUUUCUUUACAUGAUCCCUACUUCACCAGAACUGUAAAUGAUAGAGGUUCUGGUUUUGGUAAUCGUGCAUCUUUUGUUUCACAUCCAAGAGAGGUGAGGGAGAUCCCAAUUGAAGUGAAGGAUGGGAAUGGACCUUCUGACCAGUCUGGUUCUGCUCCUGUAAUUGAAGAUGUCACUGAAACGGCACAUCAAGGACCAGAAGUCCGUGGGACUGUCACAGUAGACGACGACGACGACGACGAUGAAGAUUAUGUACCAGAUGAACCAAUUGCACGUGCUUCUAGGCACAGAGAACGAAAUAGCUCAACGCGUCGUGGACCAAAUGCUCCCUCUAUUGUUGAUGUUCCCGACUACAACAAUGAUAUAGAAGAAGAAAUGAUCCGAGCUGCCAUCGAGGCUUCCAAACAGGAUGCUGGAAUGUUAAAUCAACAAUAUGAUGAUCAACUUGAUAUUAGGAAUCCCACUCAUCAGCCUAGGCAGUCUCGCCUAGAAGAUCCUGAGCUUGCACAUGCAGUUUCUAUAUCAUUGAAGACAGCAGAGCAAGAGAAAGUGCAGCAAGAACUGGAAGGAAAAGUUGGAGGGUCAAAACGGGAAGAUCAGAAAUCAGCUGAGGUGGAGGAAUUGGGCAAAUUAACAUCCUCAACUCCAAGGCAACCUUGGUUGGAGGUUGGAAGUUCAUCCAUUCAAGAUGAAGCAGAAGAUGCAGAUGAGCAUCCACUAGUUAGGCAUGGGAGGAGACAAUCACAAGUGUCUUCGGGUUCUGCUGACACUACUACCCAAAAUAUCAAAGAAAUAGAUGUUAGCCCACCAUCAAGUCCUAGACAGCAUGACAGCAUUCGUCAUAUGCAGCACAAUGGAAGUGACUUCCCCUCUGAUGAGUGGGGUGGCAUCUCAUCCGAGGAACAUGAUGAAGCAGUAAUGCUCGAGGCUGCAAUGUUUGGUGGCGUUCCUGAAGGAAGCGGAUAUCAUGUCCCUUAUGUACCUCAUCAACUCAUGCAGAAUGGUUUAGAUAGACCUAUUGGUCCUUACCCGAGGCAUAUGCCUCGUCCUCCAUCUCCUUCUCUUACUGCUCAGCGAUUGAUACGGGAACAGCAGGAUGAUGAGUAUCUUGCUUCAUUACAAGUUGACAGAGAGAAGGAAUUGAAGGCCCAGGAAGAAGCUGAAGCUGCUCUUGCAGAAGAGAAGCGCAAGGAGGGGGAAUUGCGAAGAAAAAUGGAAGAGGAACAGGAAAUUGAGAGAGAAUUAGCAGCAAAAGAAGCUUCCCUCCCUCAGGAACCAACAUCAGAUGAUGAGAAUGCUGUUACUCUUCUUGUGCGAAUGCCUGAUGGCAGUAGGAGAGGUCGGAGAUUUCUCAAGUCAGACAAGCUUCAGUAUCUUUUUGACUUCAUUGAUGUUGGCAGAGGGAUCAAACCUGGCAGUUACAGAUUGGUGAGGCCGUACCCUCGACGUGCUUUUAGUGAUGGAGAGCGUAACUCGACUCUCAGCGAAUUGGGUUUGACCAGCAAGCAAGAAGCCUUGUUUCUGGAGUCAAUAUAG